CGGCACAAAACACUGCACAACAACACAGCAAGCACCAUGUCGUUUCGGCUGCCAAAUGGGUGCUUCCCCACCAUGAUCACCCCCAUGACCAGUGAGGGCGAGAUCGACUUCCAGCGACUGAACGCCAUCACCGAGUGGUACAUCCAAGCCGGGUGCACUGGGCUGUUCGCCAACUGCCUGAGUUCGGAGAUGUACGAUCUGUCCCCAGAGGAGAGGGUCCAAAUCACGCGCGCAGUGACAGACAAGGCUGCCGGGCGUGUCACCGUUGUGGCGUCUGGCGGCUUGGGUUGCGCGUCUAUCGAGGAGCACGCGAGUGUUGUCAAGCAAAUGGGCGCGGUGUGCGACGCUGUCGUGGUGGUCGUGAACCAAAUGGCCAAAGAAGACGAGGGCGAUGACGUGUGGAAGCGCAACGUCGAGCGACUGCUUGAGCUCACAGGCGACAUUCCACUUGGCCUUUAUGAGUGCCCAAAGCCAUACCACAGGCUGCUGUCUGCGGAUCAGCUUGCAUGGGCUGCAUCCACGGGUCGAUUCUAUUUUCACAAGGACACCUGCUGCCAACUCGAGCCCAUCAAGGCCAAGCUGGCUGCGCUUGAGCGGCUGCCACAGACCAUUCCCUUCAAGUUCUACAACGCAAAUGUGGCCACUCUCCUCUCCUCUGUUCGCGCUGGCGCAAACGGGUUCAGCGGCAUCUCUGCAAACUUCUAUCCACAGCUGUUGGUGUGGCUGACGGCCAAUCCACAGCACGAGAUGAGCGAACAUGUGCAGGACAUGCUUUCCGUCGCAGAGAAUGUCGUCGCAGACACGUAUCCGCUCUCGGCCAAGAUGUUCCAGACGCUCUUUGAGGGAUUCGACGGCUCCACACGCACCCGCUGUCUGGGCGACGCGACGUUGAACGAGGAGCAGCACCUGAAGUUGCAAGCGCUGCAUCGCGUCAUGGCGUCUCUCUCCCGCGAUCUGGGACUCGUCGUCCUCAACCCGGCAAAGGUUCUCUGAUGCAGCCAGCGCGCACGGCCGUUGCUGUUGCUCGUGUACUUGUGCCGUUGUUGUUGGCGGUGGUGGUGUGGGUUGUGAUGUUGGUGGUGGCGAUGUGGAAGAGGGUGCCGUGUGCUGUGCGUGUGUGGGAUGGUGGUUGAACAUUGUGGUGGUUGACCAUGAAGUGCCGCGGGUGCACCGUACGAGACACAACCCAUUCUUCUCCUCCUCUUCUGUUCCCUUGAUCAGUUACUGUCCUUCUAUUGGCUGCUGUUGUGCCUGAACACACAAGCAGGUGCGGUGAAUGUGUACACCAGGGGCACAUGUUGUGGUUGCAUUGAAAUUGAAAGCAAACGAGAGCACA